ACAGCGAGGGCGGAUGCCGGGGGUGAGGCUCUCAGUCAGCACCGCCGCUGAGCUCUGUGCGCUGACCUGCGCCUCGGCUCCUCUCAGGCCGCGAAGGCACCUCACCUAUUGGUGUUCAGAUGGAGCAGCAUAGUAGCCAUCCUACCAACAGAAAAGCCAAAGAGGAAAGUAAUGCUGGGCCUCUUUGUCGAGCCAAAGCCUCCCCCAGCUUUACUAAUCUUCAAGCAAGUUCCCCACCAGACACUUUCCUGAACGUCCAGGCGACAAAGCUGCACUCAGGAGCUGACCACAAGCCCAAGGGAUGCCUGGGGCUCCUGGAAGGCAUGUAUACCAACCUCCUGCUUCAGACCCAGCUCGCCAAGCAGCAGAUGGCCAUUCUGGAAAAUUUGCAAGCGUCCGUGACACGUCUGGCUCCUGGGAGGGAAAGCAAGAAGCCUCCCGGCCUGAUCUUGCAACCUAUUGUGAAAUCACCUGCCCCGGUUCAGUAAAUGAAUU